AUUUUUUGUGUGUGCUUUGUUAAUUGCGGACGCUGUUUAAUUUCAGACUAAAACGGCCAAUAGUUUCCAAAUUUCCAUAGAAAUAAAACCAAAACAUGGACACUUGGUUGAAGGAACGUCUCUCGAAAUACCUCUGCUUCGAGGUUCCGGAUGAGAUGAUCGGCUACAUACUCACCAUCCGCGGAGCACAAGAGAUUGACGAAUACUUCAAGACUCUGCUCGAUUUCAACAAUCCUAAACAUAUGGGUUUCCUGAACGAGUUCAAGCAAAGAUUGCGCAAAAGUCCCAUAGAUGGCCGUGGUGGCAAAGGUCAAAAAGGGAACAACAAAUCCCAGCUGCAAAAUAAGAAACCGGAUCAAACUCAGGUGCAGCGUCAUCAAAAACUCGCCCCCGAACCGACACCAGUGCCGCUUGCAACUGGCUCCAGCACCAGCUCGACAAGUCAGGGAGCAGUGAAAAAGAAAACAAAGUUUGUCAGCUUGUACGACCAGGAGGGACGCGCGAAUGUGGUCCUCCUAAAGGGACGACACCUUUGCGAUUGUCAGGCUUCGAAGCAUAAAUUGGUAAAUAAUUGUCUCCACUGUGGGCGAAUUAUUUGCGAACAGGAGGGCAGUGGACCAUGUUUGUUCUGUGGCAGUCUGGUGUGCACUGACGAGGAACAACGGUUGAUUGAUAGCACUUCCAAGAAGGGUGACAACCUGAAGCGUACCCUAAUGGACCAAAACCGACCAAAGGGAUGGGAAGAAGCGGUGGCUACCCGCAAUCGACUUCUGGAGUAUGACCGGAACAGCGAAAAACGAACGACGGUUAUCGAUGAUGAGAGUGACUAUUUUAAAGCCAACUCCGUCUGGUUGUCUGAUGCCGAGCGUAAAAAGUUGGAACGGUUGGAAGCGGAAUUGAGAGAGCGAAAGCAUGCCAGUCGAUUGAGCCGCAAGGUGACGUUGGAUUUUGCUGGCAGACAAAUUGUGGAAGAGCCGCAACUGACCAUAGACGUCGAGGAUGAAGUGUUGAAGAAGAUUGCCGAAUCGGUGGUGGAUAAAAAUAAAGAAAAUAAGAGUCGCUUUUCUAAUGGGAAAGUAAGUUUGGAUCAAUCUGCCGAUAUCCAUCCAGGAAUCAUUGGAGAAGCACCUACGUUUUUAAAUCACGUCUCCGGUAUGACGUCAUUCAAUAGGAAUGCACCUCCCAGCGGAUAUGAUGGAUUCUACAGUAAGGUGCAGGACAAAGAGUUCCUCGAGAUGUCUGACAUGCAUAAGUGCUUGUCGAUGCAUCAGCCCUGGGCUACACUGCUGGUUGCAGGCAUCAAGCGUCACGAGGGUCGCACCUGGUACUCCCCGCAUCGUGGUAGACUGUGGAUUGCCUCUACGGUGAAACCGGUGGAUAUGGAAAUGGUUAAACAGAUGGAGCAAUUCUAUCGUGCUCUGUACAAUGACGAAACUAUCGAAUUUCCCACACAGUAUCCCUCCGGUUGUCUGCUGGGAUGCGUUUCCGUUCAAGACGUUCUGCCACAAGAAGAAUACCGGAAGGCGUAUCCAAACGGCGAAUCGGAAAGCCCGUUUGUGUUUGUGUGUAGCGAUCCGCAGGAACUGCCGAUUCGGUUCCCAGUAAAGGGACAACAUAAGAUUUAUAAUCUAGAUUCUAAGAUUCACCAGGCAGCAGUAAAAUCGCUACAGAGACUGUCGAAGCUCAAAGCUGAAGAGUAAUGGUACUCGAAGAUUUGUGUAUUUAAAAUAAAAUUUUUUUGGCACGAACGAUUGUUUUGUUUUUUGAAUUUUGCCUUUCUCCUAGAAAGGUAUAGCAAUCACUUUUUAACAUAGGACUGGGACAUUGGGCACACUGAAGGUGGUGGUCACCAGGUUCUUAGGUCACCUAGUAUCUCUAGUAGUUUAGGUGGAGGUGGAUUUAACCGACAAUCAGAAUAAACGGUUUGAAAAAAAAACGAAAGCGAAAAGAAACAUGAAUAUGUAAUCAAUUUACUUAUUCGUUUGCGGAUCCGAUGAAGGAUUCCUAUGAGUGUAGAAGUUAAUGUGCGCAAUGGAAAAAAUGUGAAGCUAUUGAAAAAAUGUAUAAAUAUAUAAAUA